UACAUAUACAUGCUAUAUAUGUAUCUAUAUCUAUAGAAUAUAUAUGUGUGUGUGAGAGGUGUGUAUGUGAUUUUCAUGCAGAUAUAGAUAUCUUAAAAGCAGACAGUAGACAAUACAGUCCAAAUAUCGAGAUUCACUUAAAAAUAAAAAAAAACCUAAAAACGAUAAAAAUUGUUUUAAUUUCUUUCUUUCUCUUUCCUUCCACUCACUCUGAUUCUCUGUGUGUGUUUAUUAAGCAUUCCAUUCAUUCAUUGAUUCCUCCUCCUUCACUUGCUUAACGAUUUCUGAUGCUUCAUCAUCGCCGCACUAUUUAAGGUAGAUAAGCUUGUAGCCUACUGCUCGGGCUUUGAAAGGAAUCAUGAAGAGGAGGUAUCUUAAUAUACACCAAAACAUACAUCCAUUCGAUCCACAGCCUUUCGAAGUGUACUGGUGUGGUUCAUGGUUGCCUGUGGAGUGCUUACGAAUCAGAAAUGGAGUUGUUAGUAUGUUUAUCUUACAUAAAGGAGAGACAACUGAAGAAAACGUUUCUGUGUCAGACCUCCGAAUAAGGUCAAGAAAAGCAAAUAUGGCUGACUGCACAUGCCUUCUAAGACCCGGAAUAGACGUUUGUGUGCAUUCUAUAUAUCAACCGGCAGAUGAAGAAUCAAGCGAUGAGAAUCCAGAACCUGUCUGGGUUGAUGCUAGAAUAAACUCAAUAGAGAGGAAGCCCCAUGAAGAGGAUAAAUGUGUCUGUGAAUUUCAUGUCAAUAUUUACAUGAAGCAAGGUCCUGUGGGCUUGAUCAAGAAAGCGAUAAAUAAAGAUAUCAAGACGCUUCAUCUUGAUCAGAUUAAAAUUCUACAAAAGCUUGAGAUAAAACCUUGUGAAGAUAAGCAUUAUCGCUGGAAAUCCUCUGAAGACUGCAAUUCACGUCGAAUAUUUAGACUAUUUACUGGGAAAUUUUCUUCAGAUAUAUCAUGGUUAAUCGUCACAUCUGUUUACAAACAACUUGUUUUUGAUGUGAAAUCCGUGGACAACCAGCUUGUGUAUCAAAUUUGGGAUGGUGACGGUGAAAAGAGUUUACCAAAUUCUGAGAAUCAUUCAAGUGCUAUUAACUUUAAAGUAGAAAAUGGAAGUUCCGUUCCUGUCCUUUUCCCCUUCAGUCAUGUAGAAUCCCAAGCGGAAAUGAGAGAUACUUGUAAUGUGGAUGAUUUUGCUUCAUCAUCAAACAUUGAUCUCAUGGGCUUGCGAAGGUCAAAGCGUAGAAACAUCCAACCUGAACGCUAUCUAGGUGAUGAUGACGUGUCUGACUCAGAAAUUGAUUUGUCCCGUUGGGGAUUAUACAGACCAAACAAUUCCAAAUAUGAAGAAGUCCCUGUGGCAUUUUCAAUCCAAGCUGACCAUUCUUUCAAAGAUGAAGAUAAAUCGGAUUUCGUCAGAAAAAUAUACAAUGAAGAAGGUUAUCUUGAAAAACAGAACGAGACUAGCAAGUCAAAGGAGGUCAGAACAGAAGUACCUUACAAACAAGAUCUAGGUGAACAGAAAUACCCUCGUUCUAAGGGUUCUCAGUCUCAUUCAUCAAGGCCUUACAUACAUGCCGAUUCUUAUAAGCCUGAAGCUUCUGAUGGUGAAGAAGAGGAUAUUGGUGACAUAUGGAGCAAGUAUUUUAACACGCAAGGUUCUUCCAAGAUCUCUAAGAAAAAGUUUAAAGCUCCCAUAAGUCAGUUUGAUGGUACAGGAGGCUUAUGGAAGGGUAAUGCAGUAAGCAAGCGAGGUCGUUUUAAGAGAGGUGCUUCUGGCAAAGAGAGUAUCUUUGAUUCAAGGACUUCUCUUAAAAAAUCGCUUUGUGCAAACAUCUAUCGACAGUUGAUGACCAGAUGUAUGAGGAAUAUAGAUGCAGCGAUUAAUCAAGAACAGCCAGCUGUCAUUGAUCAGUGGAACCAGUUUCAGACUGGGAAAUCCUUGGAUCAAAAGGUGAAGAAUGAGGUACCAAAAAAAGUUGAAGAGGAAGAAGAAGAGAUGACAGAAGAAAAAGAACUCGAAAUGCUGUGGAAGGAGAUGGAAUUAGCACUUGCAACAUCAUAUCUUAUGGAAGAAACAGAGGGUCUGUAUGAUCAAGUGCCAAAAUCUAACAGCCAGGAGCGCAAGUGUCAACAUGAUUAUAGACUCAACGAACAAUUUGGAAUUAUCUGCCGUUUAUGUGGUCAUGUGAGAUCAGAAAUAAAAGAUGUCUCACCGUCCUUUUUGCCAGGCGUAGUAUGGACGCCCAGCAAAGAAACCCGUGCAGCAGAUGAUUCAGAGAAUAAUGAGCAAGAUGUGGAUGCCCGUCUAGAAAUUGUCACCCGCCCUGCUUCGUCCAACAUGGAUAUAUCAGACAAGAAAGUGAACGAAAAUGUGUGGGCCCUGAUACCUAAUCUCAGAGACAAACUAAGGUUUCACCAAAAACGAGCAUUCGAGUUUCUAUGGAGAAAUCUAGCUGGUAAUAUAGUACCUUCAGAAAUGGAAGCCGCUAGGAAAAAAAGAGGUGGCUGUGUGAUCUCUCACACUCCAGGAGCUGGCAAAACAUUACUCAUAAUUUCAUUUCUUGUUAGCUACUUGAAACUGUUCCCUGGGUCCCGCCCGUUAGUCCUUGCUCCAAAAACAACUCUAUACACCUGGUACAAAGAAAUCAUCAAAUGGGAGAUUCCAAUUCCGGUGUACCAAAUCCAUGGUGGUCAGACAUACAGAGAACAAGUUCUCAAAAACAAACUGAAAAUUGCCCCAGGCCUUCCUCGAAACCAAGAUGUGAUGCAUGUGUUAGACUGUCUGGAAAAGAUACAAAAAUGGCUCACAACUCCAAGUGUCCUCUUAAUGGGUUACACUUCCUUUUUAACACUCACCCGUGAUGAUUCAAACUACGCUCACAGACAAUACAUGGCUAAAGUCCUUCGCCAAUGCCCGGGAAUAUUAAUACUCGAUGAAGGCCAUAACCCGAGAAGCACAAAGUCAAGGUUAAGAAAAGGUUUGAUGAAAGUAGAUACCCCAUUGCGAGUACUUCUAUCUGGUACCUUAUUCCAGAACAAUUUUGGUGAAUAUUUCAACACACUCACAUUAGCCAGACCGCGUUUUGUCAGUGAGGUACUUAAAAAACUAGAUCCCAAGUACAGGAACAGAAAGAAAGGAGUUGUAUCCAAGUUUUCACUUGAAAACCGAGCAAGAAAGCUGUUUAUCGUGAAGAUAUCUGAGCAAAUCAACUCAACUGUACAAAAGGAUAGACAGCGUGGGUUAGACAUCUUAAAAAGUUUAACAAGUAAGUUCAUCGACAACUAUGAAGGUGGAAGUGCUGAAAACCUUCCUGGCCUGCAGUGUUACACUCUGAUGAUGAAAUCCACCACAGUUCAACAAGACAUUUUGACAAAACUUCAGGAUCAACGGCCCAUUUACAAGGGUUUUCCUUUAGAACUCGAACUUUUAAUCACACUUGGAUCUAUACAUCCAUGGUUGAUACAAACAACUGCAUGUGCAAGUCAGUAUUUCAAAGAGGAAGAACUACGGGCUCUUGAAAGUCUCAAGUAUGACAUCAAACUCGGCUCAAAAGUCAGAUUUGUUAUGAGCUUAGUCCCACGUUGCCUUCUUAGGAAAGAAAAAGUCCUGAUCUUUUGUCACAACAUUGCUCCAAUCAAUCUGUUUCUAGAAACAUUUGAACGGUUCUAUGGGUGGAAAAAAGGCGUAGAAGUUCUAGUUCUUCAAGGAGACCUUGAGUUAUUUGAAAGAGGGCGCGUAAUGGAUAAGUUUGAAGAACCUGGAGGCCCAUCAAAAGUCAUGUUGGCUUCCAUUAACGCAUGUGCUGAAGGAAUUAGUUUGACUGCAGCUUCACGGGUCAUCUUGUUGGAUUCAGAAUGGAAUCCUUCUAAAAGCAAACAAGCAAUUGCUCGUGCAUUCAGGCCAGGUCAAGAUAAGGUGGUGUAUGUAUACCAAUUGCUUGCCCAGGGGACUUUAGAAGAAGAGAAACACAGUAGGACUACCUGGAAAGAAUGGGUGUCGUGUAUGAUAUUUAGUGAGGAACUGGUUGAAGAUCCGUCUCAUUGGCAAGCACCAAAGAUUGAAGAUGAGUUGUUGAGGGAGAUCGUGGAGGAGGACCGGGCUUCAUUGUUUCAUGCAAUUAUGAAGAACGAAAAAGCCUCAAAUACAGUUGUUAGAGGAAGAGAGUAAAAGAUUAUCCGUUUCAUGUUUCCUUUCUGUUUUCUGGUAAUUUUUCAUUUGUCUUUAGAUGAUGAACUGUGGUUUCACAUGUCUGUUUAGUAUGAUCGAGCAAGUACUCCCUCCGUCCCAAUAUGGUUUCAUAAGUCUGUUUAGUAUGGUCAAGUAAGUACUCCCUCCGUCCCAAAAUGGUUUCAUAAGUCUGAUUAGUAUGGUCAAAUAAGUACUCCCUCCGUCCCAAAAUGGUUUCAUAUGUCUUUUAAGUAUGGUCAAGUAAGUACUCCCUCCGUCCCAAAAUCAUUUCAUAUGUCUGUUGAGUAUGGUCAAGUAAGUACUCCCUCCGUCCCAAAAUCGUUUCAUAAGUCUGUUAAGUAUGGUCAAAUAAGUACUCCCUCCGUCCCAAAAUGGUUUCAUAUGUCUAUUAAGUAUGGUAAGUACUCCCUCCGUCCCAAAAAGGUUUCCAUAUGUCUGUUGAGUUUGGUCAAGUAAGUACUCCCUCCGUCCCAAAAUGGUUUCCAAGUCUGUUAAGUAUGGUCGCCGUCCCAAAAAGGUCGUAUGAGGUUCUGUGUUAAACUUAUGUAUAAUUUCCAUCGAGCAUUUAGCUUAUUGUUAUUAGACUCAUCUUCUGAAUGGUAAUAAAUGAUGGUUGCUUUGAAUA